CUACACAAGUUAGUUUCCCAAGAAAUUUUUCUGGCCAAAAGAUAAAAGAAUUUUUCAUUCUUCAUUGCAUUUCCUCUCUACAAACUCAUAAAGAAAACAGAAUCGUGUGACUUCUCUCCGAUCGUUGCGUUCGUCGGAUUCUGGUGUUUCAAGUACCGGUACGCCAGAAAAGGUACGUCCGUUCUAUACUGGGAGGAAUAGUUCCAAUAACCUUGGGUACCGUAGAGGGGAACUAAAUUCCUUAAGGAGAAAUAGUGAAUUCUAUUGGCUCGGGCGUUGUUUAUGCAUGUGUCGAUUUCUAUAUAUGUCUUGUGUGGCAAGAAACAUACUUUUGUGAAACGUUUUUUUUUUCAUAACAAUCUUAAGGAAUUUAUUUUUGUUUUCAUUCACGUGUUCUGUUUCUUCCCAAAGUUGACGUAUAUGAAUCUGAACUUGGUGUCCAUGCAUGAAAAAUUGAUCUCGCUUGUGAUCAAGAAGAAAUUCUGGUCAGUUACUCUAUUGAAAGUUUAAUUACAUUGGUUAAUAUAUAUAAACUGCUUCUGGUGUUAUAGUUAUAUCUAUAUAAUUGUUACUUGAGGGUUAUAUACGUGUUUCUCUGUGGUGUAUAUAUAUAUUUUCAGUAUAACUUGCUCUGUGUCGUGUAUUGGUCUUAUAUUUAAAGGUUUAUUAGAUUUGUAACAACCGUACAUGAUUGUGUGAAAAACUGGGUUGGUUAUUGUUAAUCUCUGUGAUUCGAUGUAUAUGUCUGUCUUUUAGUCCCUGUUCUUUGUAGGGUUGUGUUGCAAUCGUAUUUAAUUGCUACUGUUUCAAUACUGAUUAUAUAUAAUUCUGUUCUGAUAUAUAUUGUGGUCAUGUAUAAUUAUUCUUUCUUUGAAAAAGAGUGUGAUUUCCUACUGCGGACGAGUUUAAACCUCUUCGGUUUUCUACUCGUGGGUAUUAGUGAUUACUAAUACGUGUUGUUGUUUCUAUUUCUAGAGAAAGGAAAUAGUGAAGAACAAAGAUGUCUUCUGGUUCUACAAUAAAUGGGGAGAACCCAAAUCCGGUAACAUCAACUCAAAGUACUCCACUUCAAGUUGCUACUCACUCGCUUGCACCGGCGGAGAAACCCGGCAAGUUUUCCGGUGUAGAUUUCAAGCGUUGGCAACAAAAGAUGUAUUUCUAUCUCACUACUUUGGGACUUCAAAAGUUCAUCAAAGAAGUGAUCCCAAAUCCUAACGAGGAAGUGCCAGAGAAAGAUAGAUUUCUUGCAAUUGAAGCUUGGAAACAUUCUGACUUCCUUUGCAAGAAUUAUAUUCUAAAUGGUCUAGAUGACAUUUUGUACAAUGUCUAUAGCACCAUAGAGACCUCUAAGGAAUUAUGGGAGGCGCUAGAGAAGAAAUACAAGGCCGAGGAUGCGGGAUUGAAGAAAUCCAUUGCGGCUAAGUUUUUGGAGUAUAAGAUGGUUGAUUCCAAGGCCGUUGUGACGCAAGUCCAAGAGCUUCAGGUAAUUACUCAUGAUCUUCUUAAUGAAGGAAUGAUUAUUAACGAAGCUUUUCAAGUUGCUUCCUUCAUAGAGAAGUUGCCUCCCGCAUGGAAGGACUUCAAGAGUUACCUAAAGCACAAGCGUAAGGAGAUGACGCUUGAGGACCUAAUUGUCCGUCUAAAGAUUGAAGAGGACGAUAGGUUGGCCGAGAAGAAGAGUCGUGGACAAUCAACCAUCUCUGGUGCAAACAUUAUGGAGAGUGACUCCAAGGGAAAGAAGAGGAAGAGAGACUCUGUUCCAAGUUCUUCCGGCACAAAGAACCACAAUGGUAACAAGAAGAUUAAUGGUACUUGUUUCAAGUGUGGGAAACAAGGGCAUAAAGCCUCGAUGUGCAAGACCCACAAGAAGAAGAAGAACAAAAGUCAAGCUAAUAUUGUUGAUGAUACGGAUAUGGAUGACCUUUGUGCCGUUCUUUCUGAAUGUAACUUGGUAGGGAAUCCAAGAGAAUGGUGGAUAGACUCUGGCGCUACCCGCCAUGUUUGUGCAGUCAAAGAGAUGUUCACUUCCUACUCUUUGGCUAAGGCGGAGGAGAAAUUAUUCAUGGGAAACUCCUCCACGGCCAAGGUCGAGGGAUAUGGAAAGAUUGUCUUGAAGAUGACAUCGGGCAAGGUUGUGACCCUCAACAACGUCCUCCAUGUACCGGAAAUUCGCAAGAAUUUGGUGUCUACCUCGCUUCUUGCCAAGCACGGAUUCAAGGUUGUGUUUGUUUCCGAUAAGGUUGUAAUUAGCAAGAAUGAUGUGUAUAUAGGAAAAGGUUAUCUUAAUAAUGACCUUUUCAAGCUCAAUGUAAUUACCGUGAACGAUGUUAUUAAUAAUAACAACGCUUCUUCCGCGUAUUUACUUGAGUCAAAUCAUUUGUGGCAUGCCCGUUUGGGACAUGUGAAUUACAAAUCCUUACGGAAAAUGAUAAACAUGGAAGUGUUGCCCAAGUUUGAAUGCAAUAAAUCUAAAUGUCAAGUAUGUGUGGAAUCAAAGUUUGCGAAACAUCCCUACAAGUCGAUUGAAAGAACUUCUGAACCAUUGGACUUGAUUCACACUGACAUUUGUGACAUGAAGUCGACACCAUCUCGAGGUGGGAAAAAGUACUUCAUAACAUUUAUCGACGAUAGCACUAGAUAUUGCUAUGUAUAUUUGCUAAGUAGCAAAGAUGAAGCGAUUGAUGCAUUCAAACAAUUCAAAGCAGAAGUUGAGAACCAACUCAACAAGAAAAUAAAAAUGGCCAGAAGUGAUAGAGGUGGUGAAUAUGAAUUUCCAUUUGAAGAAAUAUGUCUAGAAAAUGGAAUUAUUCACCAAACAUCGGCUCCAUAUACCCCACAAAAAAAUGGAGUUGCAGAAAGGAAGAACAGAACUUUGAAGGACAUGAUGAAUGCUUUACUCCUAAAUUCGGCUUUACCUCAGAAUUUGUGGGGGGAAGCUAUUCUUAUUGCUACACAAAUACUCAAUAGAGUACCGUACAGUAAGACGCAAACCAUUCCGUAUGAAAAAUGGAAAGGUAAAAGACCAAACUUGAAUUACUUCAAAGUGUGGGGGUGUUUGGCAAAGGUUCGAGUUCCAAAACCGAAACAGGUCAAAUUGGGACCUAAAACGAUAGAUUGCAUCUUUAUUGGUUAUGCCAAUAAUAGCAAAGCAUAUAGAUUUUUGGUCUAUAAAUCACAAAUCUCUGACAUCCAUCCUAAUACGGUUAUAGAAUCUGAUAGUGCAGAGUUCUUUGAGAACAUAUUUCCGUAUAGAAAUAAGGAUGUAGUCGUUGGAGAAAGCUCCAAGCGACCUCGGGAUGAUUCAUUGGAAAAUGAUUCCAAUAUUGAUGAGCCAUGGCGUAGUAAACGUCAAAGGGUGCCUACGUCAUUCGGUCCCGACUUCUUAGCUUUUUGUUGGAAGAUGAGCCAAAGACAUUUGAAGAAGCGGAAUGGCUUCGGAGCUUCUUGGAAGAUGUUCCGUUUUGGCCCAAGCCGUUAACCCCAAUAAGCAUACAUUGUGAUAGUCAAGCGGUUAUUGGAAGGGCAAAAAGUGUUAUGUAUAAUGGAAAGUCUCGUCACAUACGUCGACGACAUAACACAGUGAGGCAAUCAAUCUCUAGUGGAGUUAUCUCGAUUGAUUAUGUAAGAUCAAAAGAUAACGUGUCGGAUCCGUUAACUAAAGGCCUAACUAGAGCAUUAGUUGAGAAGUCAUCGAGGGGAAUGGGACUGUGGCCUAGGACAAAUCAUCAUGGCGGUAACUCUACCUAAGUAGGAUUGGCAGACCCAACCUCUAGGUUCAAGGAGCAAAAAAAGUUGUGAAUGAUGGUCCGACAUUGUCAAAUUUUUUAAAGUCCAUUCUCAUGAUGAGACAAUGUCCAAAAGAUAAGGGUAAACCUAAAUAUGAAAGGUUUUUUAAUGGUUUCUAAGUUUGACACUUGUUGUGAUCAAAUAGUGUAUUUUCGGAAUACAUGUUUAGAAAUCAC